CUCCGCUCCCCAUUUCCCGGGCUCAAGAGCCAGCGCGACUGACAGAGAGCGAGAGAAGCUCUUCUCCCUCUCUUCCCGUCGGAGAUACCUUCCAAGAUGCAGCCGCAGCAGCCUCACGAUAAAGCAACAGCCGCGUCCUCCGACGCGACGGACUGCGUUUCAUCCAGCAACCAUCCCACCCCAUCCAUCGAUGACUACGACUGGGCGAAUUUCAAAGAUGACGAGAUCAUGCAGCAGCACUCUGCAAUCCGCGCCCAAGAAGCCGAGAAAAUUCCCUUUGUCGGCGACAAGGAACCUCUCUCUGCACUAGCAGCUGAGUAUCUAUCUGGCAGCCCUGUGUUGCAGGAAAAAAUUAAGAUGCUUGCUGAACAAUAUGCUGCCAUCAGGCGAACACGGGGAGAUGGGAAUUGUUUCUUUCGAUGCUUCAUGUUUUCAUAUCUGGAGCAUAUUCUGGAAUCACAAGACAAAGCGGAGGUUGAACGCAUUACAGCAAGUGUUGAGCAAUGCAAGAAGACACUUCAGAGUCUUGGAUAUGCAGAUUUUACCUUUGAAGAUUUCUUUGUGUUAUUCCUCGAACAGUUGGAAAGUGUUCUGCAAGGAAAAGAAGAUUCCAUAAGUCAUGACGAGCUUGUAAGGAGGAGCCGGGAUCCGUUGAUUUCCGACUAUGUUGUGAUGUUCUUCAGAUUUGUCACUUCCGGUGAAAUACGCAGACGCUCUGAAUUUUUCGAACCCUUUGUUCUGGGCUUGACCAACGGAACAGUGGAUCAGUUCUGCAAGGCAUCUGUGGAGCCCAUGGGUGAAGAGAGCGAUCACGUGCAUAUCACUGCCUUGUCAGAUGCAUUAGGUGUGCCAAUUCGUGUGGUGUACCUCGACCGUAGCUCAUGCGACGCCGGUGGUGUCAAUGUGAAUCAUCACGACUUCAUCCCUGCCGCUGGCGAUCCUCAGAAUGGGACUUGCGAUGGUUCUGACCCUCCAAAACCCAUCCUCACUUUGCUCUACCGACCGGGCCACUACGACAUUCUUUACCCCAAGUGACUCACCCUUUCAAGGCUAAAAGAUGACAAAGUCCAAGGAUGUGAAGCCAAUGGAGGUAUGUACUCGACUCUAUUUUGCCUGCAUCAAGACAAUGAUCGAGAUGUCAAUGAGCUCCUGAACUGUUUCCAAACAAUCUGUAACUUGAACGGGAUAGAACAAACAGUCAACACUUUUAGAUCUAAUACAUGAUAACAUGUACGCA